GCGAAAUUGCCUUUAUUAUCUCGCGUUCCGGGGGAUCUCUUUGGAGGUUAAGCGUUUUUUUUUUUUUUUUUUUUUUUUUGGAAAAGAAAACAUGACGUCGCCAGCAAAAUUCAAAAAGGAUAAGGAGAUCAUAGCUGAGUAUGACACCCAAGUUAAAGAGAUCCGUGCCCAAUUGGUAGAGCAGCUGAAAUGCCUUGACCAACAGUGUGAGCUUCGGGUCCAGUUACUGCAGGACUUGCAGGAUUUCUUCCGCAAGAAGGCAGAGAUUGAGAUGGAUUACUCAAGGAAUUUGGAGAAGUUGGCUGAGAGAUUCCUGGCUAAAACUAGGAGCACCAAAGACCAGCAAUUCAAGAAGGAUCAGAACGUGCUGUCGCCGGUGAAUUGCUGGAACUUGCUGCUCAAUCAGGUGAAGAGGGAGAGCAGGGAUCACACCACCCUCAGUGACAUCUAUCUCAACAACAUCAUCCCCCGCUUCGUGCAGGUCAGCGAGGACUCGGGACGCCUCUUCAAGAAGAGCAAGGAAGUGGGAUUGCAGCUCCAGGAAGACUUGAUGAAGGUCCUGAAUGAACUCUACACGGUUAUGAAAACCUACCACAUGUACAAUGCUGACAGCAUCAGCGCCCAGAGCAAGCUGAAGGAGGCAGAGAAGCAGGAGGAGAAGCAGAUUGGGAAGUCAGUGAAACAAGAGGACAAGCAGACCCCGCGCUCCCCCGACUCGACGUCCAACGUCAAGUUUGAAGAGAAACACGUGCGGCGAAGCUCUGUCAAAAAAAUAGAGAAAAUGAAGGAGAAGCGCCAAGCAAAGUACACAGAAAACAGGCUGAAGGCAAUUAAGGCAAGAAAUGAGUAUCUGCUGGCCCUGGAAGCCACCAAUGCCUCGGUGUUCAAGUAUUACAUCCACGACCUGUCUGAUCUCAUUGAUCAGUGCUGUGACCUGGGGUACCACGCCAGCCUCAACAGAGCCCUCAGGACGUUCCUGUCGGCGGAGCUGAACCUGGAGCAGUCGAAGCACGAGGGGCUGGACGCCAUCGAGAACGCCGUGGAGAACCUGGACGCCAACAGCGACAAGCAGAGGCUGAUGGAGAUGUACAACAACGUCUUCUGCCCCCCCAUGAAGUUCGAGUUCCAGCCACACAUGGGUGACAUGGAGUCCCAGCUCUGUGCCCAGCAGCCGGUCCAGAGCGAGCUGGUGCAGCGGUGUCAGCAGUUGCAGUCCAGGCUAUCUACGCUGAAGAUUGAAAAUGAAGAGGUUAAGAAGACGAUGGAAGCCACACUCCAGACAAUCCAGGACAUCGUCACGAUAGAGGACUUUGAUGUCUCUGACUGUUUCCAGUACAGCAACUCCAUGGAGUCUGUGAAAUCCACUGUCUCAGAGACGUUCAUGAGCAAGCCCAGCAUUGCCAAGAGACGGGCGAACCAGCAGGAGACAGAGCAGUUCUACUUCACGAAAAUGAAGGAGUAUCUGGAAGGCAGGAACCUGAUAACGAAGCUCCAAGCCAAGCACGACCUUCUUCAGAAGACCCUGGGAGAAAGUCAGCGGACUGACUGCGCCCUAGCCAGUGGCAGGCGCAGCUCCACCGUCAGGAAGCAGGAUUCCUCCCAAGCCAUUCCCCUGGUCGUGGAGAGCUGCAUCCGAUUCAUCAGCAGGCACGGUUUGCAGCAUGAAGGAAUAUUCCGAGUGUCUGGGUCUCAAGUUGAAGUGAAUGACAUAAAAAAUGCAUUUGAGAGAGGGGAAGAUCCCUUGGCUGGGGACCAGAAUGACCACGACAUGGAUUCAAUAGCAGGAGUCCUGAAGCUCUAUUUUCGAGGGUUGGAGCACCCACUCUUCCCCAAGGAUAUCUUCCAUGAUCUGAUUGCCUGUGUCACGAUGGAUAAUUUACAGGAGAGAGCUCUGCACGUGCGGAAGGUGCUGCUGAACCUGCCGAAGACCACCCUGAUUGUAAUGAGAUACCUCUUUGCAUUCCUCAAUCAUUUAUCUCAGUUCAGUGAAGAAAACAUGAUGGAUCCCUACAAUUUAGCCAUCUGCUUUGGACCAACGCUGAUGUCAGUGCCUGAAGGUCACGACCAAGUCUCUUGCCAAGCUCAUGUCAAUGAAUUGAUCAAAACCAUCAUCAUCCAACAUGAGAACAUCUUCCCGGGCCCAAGGGAGCUGGAGGGUCCAGUCUAUAGCAGAGGUGGAAGCACAGAGGAUUACUGUGAAAGUCCUCAUGGGGAGAGAGCCUCCACAGAAGACUCGGUGCAGGACGUCACGGCCGAACACCACACCAGUGAUGACGAGUGUGAGCCCAUAGAAGCAAUAGCAAAGUUUGACUACCUUGGCAGGACAGCACGAGAGCUGUCCUUCAAGAAAGGAGCCUCCCUCCUGCUCUACCAGCGGGCCUCGGAUGACUGGUGGGAGGGACGGCACAACGGCAUCGACGGCCUCAUCCCCCACCAGUACAUCGUCGUGCAGGACACUGAGGAUGGAAUCUCAGAAAGGUCCAGCCCGAAGUCUGAAAUAGAAAUAAAUUCUGAGCCACCGGAAGAAAAAGUGACAGCCAGAGCUGGCGCCAGCUGCCCGAGCGGGGGGCACGUCGCAGAUAUUUACCUUGCAAACAUCAACAAGCAAAGAAAGAAACCAGAGUCAGGCAGCAUCAGAAGAGCCUUCCGUCAAAGUGACAGCCAUGGACUAGGUAGCUCACUGGCAGAACCAGCCUCCCCCGGAGCCAUAGCCGGUUCCAGACCCUCAUCUCAGCCCAUUAUGAGCCAAAGUCUUCCCAAGGAGGUUCCAGAUAAGUGCUCCAUCAGUGGCCACGGCAGCCUCAAUUCCAUCAGCCGACACUCGUCGCUGAAGAACAGGAUCGACAGCCCCCAGAUCCGGAAAACUGUCACAGCAGGGAGGUCCAAGAGCUUCAACAACCACCGGCCCAUGGACCCUGAGGUCAUUGCACAGGACAUUGAAGCCACAAUGAACUCUGCUCUGAACGAGCUGCGGGAGCUGGAGAGGCAGAGCAGCGUCAAGCACACGCCAGACGUUGUCCUGGACACCCUGGAGCCCUUGAAAACGUCCCCCGUGGUGGCCCCCACCUCGGAACCCUCCAGCCCUCUGCACACCCAGCUCCUCAAGGACUCUGAGCCGCCUUUCCAGCGCAGCGCCAGCACGGCCGGGGACAUUCCGUGCACCUUCCGGCCCGUCAAGUCCGUCAAAAUGGCCACCCAGGUGAAACCUCCGGCAACUCGCCCAAAACCCGCCGUUUUCCCCAAAACCAACGCCACGAGCCCCGGCGUGGCCUCCUCUGCGUCCCAGCAGCCCAGCGACAAGUCCUGUACUGUGUGACGAACUCGAUGCUGCUCCGCGGAGACACCUCUUACUGCUUCGGGUGGAGAGACUCUGUUAAAGACAUUA